AUGUCCAUCGUGUACACAUUGGUGGCCCGGCAGCAGAGCGUUCUGUGUGAGCACACGGAUCAAAGCGGCAACUUCCCCACAGUUACGCGUGCCGUGCUUAAGAACCUGGCCCAGCACGAGCCCAGUGCGUCCGCCCCAGCAUCCAAGAGCGUGUUCCCGUACAAUGACUUUAACUUCUUCUUCCUGUACGAUGACGGCAUCACGUACAUGUGCAUGGCAGAGGAGCGAGUCCACGCGAAUGUAGCGUUCAUGAUGCUGGCGGAGAUGCAGACCAUAUUCCUAGCGAAAUACAAACAACAGGCGCAGACAGCACUGGCAUAUGCCAUGACCUCGUUCAAUCCGACACUCGACUCGCUCAUGAAGAAGUACGAUAACUACAAAAUAGAAACGCCCAUGUCACAAGUGAGACAGAAGAUGGAGCGUGUCAAAACGCUCAUGAUAGAGAACGUCAACCAGUUGAUGGAGCGUGGAGAAAAGAUCGAGCUGCUGGUCACGAGGACGAACAAGCUGCAACAAGAUGCGCUGAAGUAUGAAAAAUCUGCAAAGAAGCUCAAGAAUGCGUUUUGGUGGAUGAAUGUCAAGUACUGGAUCUACGUCACGUUGGCUUUAGCUGUGCUUGCACUUAUCGUGACAUUCAUGAUUUGUGGAACUGAUAUGUCCAGCUGCGCUGCGCGGAUUGGACACCAAGCUGAAGAUGGAAUAGACAAGGUUGCAGCCAAAGCUUCCGGGGCAGCAGCAAGUGCAGCGGACAAAGCAUCAACGGGCAUCGCUGGCGGCAGUUAG